AAGUGCAACUGUCAACCUCUCAUUUCGAAAAUUUUUCGCCGAUCAUGUUUUUAUUAUUUCGAUAGUGAAAAUUAAUCUUCAGUAUAUUUUUAUGUAACAUCGUCCUAUUACAUCAUCGAAUUUUCUAGACUGCAUGACUAAUUAACGCCUAACGCAAAAAUUAUUAGUCAUAUCUGUCAAAUCGUAGUUACUCAAUAAACUAUCAUUUAUCAAGCUUAAUAAGUGGUUAUGUAAAAAUAUAUUUAUUACCAAAUAGAAAAUCAUGCUAGCUAAUCAUAUCAAGCCGCCAUUGUACGGCAACCGCGAACAAAUCCCUUCGAAUGACUGCAAAGAGUACUAUCUAUUUUUGUUGGAAUUUUUCAUAAAACAAGUAUCAAGCAACCGUUUGACCAAACUAAAUCAGAUGUUUUUUGUACCUACAACAAUCUAUUUUGGAUUCCUCGAUUUCGUAAAUGAUGAUGAUCUAAUGGUGACUGCAACGGAUCAACUGGAGGCAAGUAUCGCCGAUGAUAUUCAAAUAUUCAAUACCGGGAAAUCGGUGUUGUUCUCUGUCGAUUAUACUGCGGUGAUGGAUCGCACCGUGCCAAUGAUUCUGAACAUUACCGUGAAGAAGCAAAUGCCGAAUGGCAUCAAGCCAGAUGUUUUGGUGGGAAUUGGCGAGCUGGAUUUGACUAAACAGUACGCAGCUUUAAGAAUGGAGAUGUUACAGUGUUGGAGAAAAGGUGUCAUGACAUCUAAAGUAUUCGAUGGUCGAGUGCCAUUGAUUCACAAUGGAAAUCUAUCGGGUAACCUUGAUAUCUUUGUAAGAAUAUCCAGUUUUGGUCAGACGAUCAUCACAGAAUUAGAUACACCGCCGAUGAUGGGAGAUUCCUCAACAUUUGUUUUUGGUACCAAAGAAAGUGAUCAAAUAUUCUUGUACAAGUGUCGCAAAGUGGAUUCCCAUACUAUUGAUUUCUUCGAGGAUUCCAGUGAUCACAUUCAGAGUCCAAUUAAUUGUUCCAUAUGUGUACCAGAGAAGUAUCUUUGUAAGCCGUGUAAUCGACCAUUAGCUAUUGAUAAAAACAAUAAGAAAAUUAGAAACAAAGAAGACAAUAAAAAGGUAAGAAAAAAUAAAAUUUCUCGAUUCUGGGCAUUCAAGUUCAGAUCUGAUUUUCAGUCAUCCAAAAAUCUCAUCCAGCCUAGUCGUGACUCAUCUCAGCCUUGCGGCAAGCCAGUAAUUCUCAAGGUAUCUGGUCUUUUUGACAACGGUGAUGGCGUUGGCGAUAAGAAACCUACUGUAACGGUUGCUGCAGAUUCCACCGCAACAAAACCAGACGAUUCGACUGAAUUAGAUCACGACAUUUUUGUUCUGAGAAUCGGCAAGAAAGGUCUGGUUGGUGUCGGCGACAAGUCUGACAUACAACUGGAGAUGAAGACCCCAAAAGGACCUGAAAAACGACCUCCAGUCAGAUACGAGACCAGAGAUAUGCAAACGGACAUUGAAGAGAAACCACUGAAAGAAAUUAAAACGAAAAAAAAGAAAAAAACGAAUCGCUCUCACUGA